AUGUGCGACUGCGUAGAUAAGAAGAACGCCGACGACGACCCAUCCGUCCCGGAAACGGUGACGCUUUUCAGGAAAUGUUCGAAGUCGUAUCGUCCAACGAAAGACAUAGCGAGACGAUCGAGCUGCGCCACGGUCUCGAACAAAGACGAUUGGGACCCGGUCGAUUCCUCGCAAUCCGCUCUUGGAUUUACAAUUUGCAGUGGUAACAGGGAACUGCUGACGAGCUCGACGACCUCUAGUUCCCCUAGAACGGUACUCUACAAGUUCGUUAGCCGUGAAGAGUGCGAGUGUCUCGUCGGAGAGCCCGAGGAGGAAGUUUGGCAUCCGCCGGUGUUUUCCUUCGAGCCUUGCGUCUGCGAAGAGGAAGUCGAGGAGAAGCCGGAUAUCGAGUGCACGUUAGCGAUCAUAAAGCCAGAAGCGGUCGUCUAUAGAAAGCAAAUCGAACGACGUAUAUUUGAAGAAGGCUUCGAGGUUUAUCAGACGCGCUGGUUGCAGCUCACGCCGGAACAAGUGUCCGAGUUUUAUUCGGACAAGUAUGGACAGCUAAACUUCGCGCACCUCGUUGCCUACAUGGCGUCCGGUCCCGUAAUCGCUCACGUUUUAGCCAAACGUCACGGCGUGGAAGAGUGGAGAUUGCUUAUGGGUCCAACCAAGGUUACGGAGGCUCGUUUAUAUUACCCUGACAGUAUAAGAGCACGAUUCGGCAGGAGAGGCGAGACUUUCAAGAACGCAGUUCAUGGAAGCAGUACUCGCGAAGAGGCCGAAAGAGAGAUUCAUUUCUUCUUCCCUGAACUUGUAAUCGAGCCCCUGUUGAGAAACGAAGCAGCGGUCGAUUACUUGUCGGAAAUAAUGAAUCCUGUCCUCGUGGAAGCUCUUUCCUUGUGUUGCAAAGUGAAGCCUGCAGACCCUGUCUUAUGGCUCGCUAAUUGGUUGAUUUUGAACAACCCUAACAAGCCUAAACUGCCGCAAGAUCUCGCUGUAGUUCCAACGUGAAAUUCAGAUAUCUCGAACGACGACUUUU